AUUUUAAAAGUAUCAUAUUUUUCCAACCAAAGUCCUAUUUUUCCAAAUUUCUCAGGAAAAUAAAGGUAUUACUAUAUAUGGCCGGCGGGGGGAGAUUUUUCUCUCAUCACCGACGCCGAAAGCCUGGCCGACGAAGUUCCGCAGAAGACGAAGGAGGAGAAGAUUUGAGGAAAGGAAAAGGAGGAGAUGACUAGGCAGCUUAACAGGCCACUUCUGGACCAGAUGGAGCUCGAUCUCGAUGCCUUUCUGGCUUCACGGACUGCAACCGAUACCGGAGCCUCCGAGAACGACGGCGACGACGAUGACGACAUCCCUCACCGUACCGUUGACGAAAUUCUCCUAAACGAUUCCGAUUCCGGCUCAUACUCUCCUCCUUCGCCCUCUCCUCUGCAUAAUUCCUUCCUUCGUCGCCACGGAGAUAAUGAUGACGAUGACGAUAGUGAAAAUGGAGAUGCGCGUUCUCGCGGCCACGACACAGCGCCAGUACAGAACCCUAAAACCCUCUCCCAGUCUCGAGCUGAUGAAACCCUAAGAUCCUUACCUUUUGGCGAGUCGAAAUCUGGAUUUGGUUCGAUUGAUAGGACGGUGAAAUCGGGUGAUUCUUUCACACUAGGAGGUCGUCGUAGUGCUUUGCACGCCUUUCCGCCCUUGUUUGGCGGUGUUAGGUCAACUGCAAAACCCGGGGCUGCGCUUGCGGCUGCUGCGGCGGCUUCCCGAUCGAUUCCAACUCCGCACGCCGCUGCAAUUAAAUCAAGAAGAGCAAUCAGUUCUACUUUUCGUGAUGGCCUGCUUGAAGAAUUGGGGUUAGAAGUUGUUGAUUCCGAAUUUAGCUUGUCGGAGGCUGCUGGUAGUUUCGAUGGGGCUGGUUGUGAAGUUAGUCAAUCUGAUGUGCAAUUAGUGGAAAAAGAUGUUCACUAUGAUGAUUCUCAAUCCAUAGGAGGAGAAUUAACCACGAAUGGGGAAGUUAAUGGUGAGAUAUUCUCCAGGGAACAAGAGAUUCGCGAGACUUCAAAUGAGAGUGGCGGAGCCCCUUCUGUUGAACAGACACAGGAAGAACCAGCACAAGGAACUACAGUGGACUUAUUAAGGAUUAAUAAUUCAAAUCAAGUUUUAUCUAGCUCCUAUAUGGGACCACACAUCGAUCAUCCUCCAAAAACCGGGCAAGACUUGGAUUUGGAUUUGAAAGAGAAAACCUCAGCAUUGAUUCCCAAAGAUUUUAAGGAUGAACGUGUUCCAUCUCCAGCAGCGGAUGAAAUUUGUUGUGGUGAUGUUUCAGACCUUACUGCUGCUUCUGAAAGUAGAGAGAAGGGGAUUACAUCUUCGCCCAGGUCGGAAAAUGGAAGAAAGACUGAGGAUGAAUUGGCAAUUGUAGCAUCAGAAACAUCAGAACCUGGAUGGACCACGCCUCAUUCUAGGGUUGGUGGAACAAGUCUUGCGGAAGAUGACAUUGGUUCCACAAUUGAUGUUAUUGGUCUGGUUGAAGAAGACCAAGGGAGUCCAUGGGAGAGGAAGAGUAGUAGCGGGACAGAAAAGAAAUCACGCCCCCCUUUGAAGCCCCUUGAAUUAGCCGAAGAACUUGAGCAGAAACACGCCUUUAGCAUAUUGGAUUUGGAAAAUGAUAUUGCUGCUCAACCAAUGAGGCUUGAAGGUGUGCGGAGGGGAUCAACUGCCCUGGGUUACUUUGAUGUUAAUGCCAAAAACACCAUCACAUGGACCAUCUCAUCUCAGGCAUUUAGGCGAGACCAUGGAUCUCCACAAGUUGUUGCAGUUCACCUCAACUUCAUUGCAGUGGGAAUGUCGAAAGGGGUAGUUGUAGCUGUGCCCAGUAAAUACUCUUCUCAUUUUGCUGACAACAUGGAUGCAAAGAUCUUGAUACUUGGAUCACAAGGGGAUAAUUCUCACUCCCCAGUAACAGCUAUGUGCUUCAAUCAGCAGGGAGAUCUACUUUUUGCAGGAUAUGGUAAUGGGCAGAUCACUGUUUGGGAUCUGCAGAAGGGAUCUGCGAUCAAAGUUAUUACUGGGAUACAUGAUGCUCCUGUAGUGCAUAUGUUAUAUCUGGGACAGGAUUCUCAAGUCACACGCCAAGUCAGUCGACAAUUUAGGGUAGUUAGUGGAGAUAGUAAGGGUUUGGUUUGGUUGAUUACUUUCACAUUGGUUCCAUGGGUAAAUAGAUUAUCCUACAGUACAACAUGCCUUCUUGAUGGACGAACAACAGGGAAAGCAUUAUGUGCUUCUUCACUGCUUUCUGACGAAUUCUGUGGAGGUGCUUUGAUGUCCCAGGGGAAUGCUACAGGAUCAAGCAGUGGUAUCAGUAGCAUGAUGGGGGGUGUGCUUGGAGGGGAUGCCAGUUGGAAGUUCCUAAAUGAAAAGUCUUCUUUGGUUGAAGAUGGUGUGAUCAUAUUUGCCACUUAUCAACAUGCUCUGGUGGCAAGGGUGAGUCCUAGUGUGGUGGUCUAUGCUCAACUUUCAAGGCCUGAUGGCGUUAGGGAGGGCUCCAUGCCCUACACUGCUUGGAAAUGCAUGGGACAGCAGCAAAUUUCUUCCUCUGAAGAUAUGCCCAAGGAAGCAUCAGAAAAAGUUUCAUUGCUUGCAAUUGCUUGGGAUCGGAAAGUUCAAGUAGCAAAACUGGUAAAAUCAGAACUUAAAAUAUAUGGUAAAUGGACCCUUGAGAGUUCAGCAAUAGGCGUGGAAUGGUUGGAUGACCAGAUGUUGGUGGUUCUCACAUCAAAUGGGCAACUUUGUUUGUUUUCAAAAGAUGGUACUAUUAUUCACCAGACAAGUUUUAAUGUUGAUGGAUCUGAAGGAGAUGAUCUUGUUUCGUAUCAUACCCAGUUCUCAAAUGUCUUUGGGAACCCUGAGAAAGCUUAUCAUAAUUCUGUAGCUGUCAGAGGGGCUAGUAUAUACAUUCUUGGACCUAUGCAUCUUGUUGUGUGCCGGCUUCUCCCAUGGAAGGAACGGAUUCUAGUUUUGCGGAAAGCAGGUGAUUGGAUGGGUGCAUUGAACAUGGCGAUGACUCUUUAUGAUGGUCAAGCACAUGGUGUUAUUGACCUUCCUAGGAGCAUGGAGGCUGUACAGGAGGCCAUCAUGCCAUACCUUGUAGAACUGCUUGUAUCAUACGUAGAUGAAGUGUUUUCUUAUAUAUCAGUUGCUUUUUGCAACCAAAUUGAGAAGGUGGAAAAAAUGGAUGACUCAGAGAGUAGAGCUAGUUCUGUCCAUUCAGAGAUCAAAGAGCAGUUCACCCGUGUGGGUGGAGUGGCUGUUGAAUUCUGUGUUCAUAUCAAGAGAACUGAUGUCCUCUUCGAUGAAGUUCUUUCCAAAUUUGUGGCUGUUAAGCAAAGAGACACAUUCUUGGAGCUUUUGGAGCCAUAUAUAUUGAAAGACAUGCUUGGGUCCUUGCCUCCUGAGAUUAUGCAAGCAUUGGUGGAGCACUACAGCAUGAAAGGUUGGUUGCAGCGGGUCGAACAGUGUGUGCUCCAUAUGGAUAUUUCUUCCUUGGAUUUCAACCAGGUUGUCCGGCUAUGUAGAGAGCACAGAUUAUAUAGUGCACUAGUAUAUCUAUUCAAUAGAGGUUUAGAUGAUUUCAGGUCUCCUUUAGAGGAGCUCUUGAUUGUUUUCCUAAAUAGCCAGAGAGAUGCUGCCGCCGCCCUUGGGUACAGGAUGCUUGUUUACCUGAAGUACUGCUUUUCUGGUCUUGCAUUUCCCCCAGGGCAUGGAACUCUGCCCCCUACACGCUUGCCAUCUCUCAGGAUAGAGCUUGUGCAGUUCCUAUUGGAGGAUUCUAAUGCUCCAAACUCAUUAACCAAUACAAGCAACUUGUCCACAGAAGCAUAUUUGAACUUAUACCAUCUCUUAGAAUUAGAUGCCGAAGCUACCUUAGAUGUUUUGAGAUGUGCAUUUGUAGAAGAUGAAAUUCCAUAUUCUGACCACUCACACGAUUCAAUCAAUAGAAACAUGGAGGCAGAAGAAGAAAAUGAUUCAGUGGCUGCUAGUCAAAAUGUUUUGGUGCAGAAGACGGUAGAUGCUCUUAUUUAUGUUAUCAGCAAGGGGUCCCUCAAAACGAACAACUCUACCAGCAGUGGUGGUGUUGGGUUUUCAGAACGUUGGCCAUCCAAGAAAGAUAUAGGUCUUAUUUUUGAGUUUAUUUCAUACUAUGUUUCCUGGAAGAAAGCUAAUGUUUCAAGCAAUAUAUUGAGUCAAAUUCUUGAGUACUUCACAUAUGAUGGUAAUCUUCCACCAAGUGUAUCAAGGCAAACUGUUGAAGCUUCAAGAAAAAGAGAGAAGCAGGUCCUUGCCCUUCUGGAAGUAGUGCCUGAAACAGACUGGGAUGCCUCUUACUUGUUAAAGCUGUGUGAGGGGGCUCAAUUUUACCAGGUUUGUGGGUUAAUCCAUGCCAUUAGACAUCAGUAUGUUGCUGCUUUGGACAGCUAUAUGAAAGAUUUUGAUGAGCCCAUUCAUGCCUUUUCCUUUAUCAAUGAUACAUUACAAAAGCCCAGUGAUACCGAAGCUGAUUCUUUUCGUUCAGCAGUCAUUUCUCGAAUUCCAGAUCUCAUUACCUUAAGCAGAGAGGGCACUUUCCUUCUGGUUAUUGACCAUUUCAGUACAGAAUCUCAACAUAUCUUAUCUGAACUGGAGCCUCAUCCAAAGAGCCUUUUCCUUUAUUUAAAAGCAGUUUUUGAGGUUCACUUAUCAGGAACCCUCGACUUUUCUUGUUUGAGAAAAGGUGAGAGUCUAGAAUUUCAUCAUGGAAGAAGCCGAAAGGAUCAGUCAAUGGAGACAUAUCUGGGAAGGAUCUCUGACUUGCCAAAGUUGCUGCGUAACAAUCCAGUUCAAGUAACAGAUGAAAUGAUUGAGCUUUAUCUUGAGUUAUUAUGUCAGUUUGAACGUGGGUCUGUUCUCAUGUUUCUGGAGACUUUUGAAAACUAUAGGGUCGAACACUGUUUACGGUUGUGCCAGGAAUAUGGGAUCAUAGAUGCCGCUGCAUUCUUACUGGAAAGGGUUGGUGAUGUUGGGGGUGCCCUUCUGCUUACUCUCUCUAACCUUAAUGAAAAAUUCACCAUACUUGAUUCAAGUGUGGUUGCUGAUGCUAGUAUGGAGCAUUUCAGCACAGUAUUAAAGAAGCAGGAGGUUAAUGACAUUCUUGAUAUAUUGCAUGCUUGUGUUGGAUUAUGCCAGAGGAACACUCCCAGGUUGGAUCCUGAGGAGUCUGAAUCCCUGUGGUUUCGGUUGCUUGAUUCGUUUUGUGAGCCUUUAAUGGAUUCAUUAGAUGAUAAAGUUGGCUUUGAAGGAGAAAAUCAGUACAUGAUGCGAGCUGAAUCAAUGGGUAUGCAAGAGUUCGACGAGGCAUGCAUAAUUAAGUGGAAGAUUCCAAAAUUUCACAACAGUGCUCAAAUUUUGAGAAAAUUGUUUGCUCUGUUUAUCAAAGAAAUUGUUGAGGGAAUGAUUGGAUACGUUCGCCUUCCAACUAUCAUGUCCAAGCUUCUUUCUGAUAAUGGGAGCCAGGAAUUUGGUGAUUUUAAAGUUACUAUAUUGGGAAUGCUCGGAAUAUAUGGUUUUGAGAGAAGAAUUCUGGACACUGCCAAAUCCUUAAUUGAAGAUGAUACAUUCUAUAUUAUGAGCUUAUUAAAGAAGGGGGCUUCUCGUGGAUAUGCUCCCAGGAGUCUCCUAUGCUCCAUAUGCAAUUGCCUUCUCAGCAAGUUUUCUUCUGGCUCUGGCAUUCGAGUUUUCAAUUGUGGUCAUGCAAUCCACGUCCAGUGUGAGCUUCCAGAAAAUGAUAUCUUAAGUGCUAGUUACUCAAAUGGAUGUCCUGUUUGUUUGCCUAAGAAGAAGGGUCAGAGGUCCAGAAGUAAGGCAUUGCUUACAGAAAAUGGAUUGGUGAGCAAAUCUCUGUCAAAGCAGCCACAAGCUCAUGGAAAUAUUUCUACACACCCACAUGAAAAUGAUGCAUUGGAGAACUCCUAUGGGUCUCAGCAAAUUUCAAGAUUUGAGAUAUUGACUAAUCUUCAGAAAGACCAGAGAUUGAUCCAAAUAGAGAACAGACCCCCAUUGAGGCUUGCACCGCCGGCUCUUUAUCAUGAAAAGGUGAAGAAAGGAAAUGAUCAUAUGGCAGAGAGCAGCAGCGAUGGUCUGACAACAGUAGAAAAACCGAGUAAAAGCAGGCAACUCCAAGAGCUAAAGGCGAAGGGAUCCUCUCUUAGAUUAUCAAAUAUAAAUCCAAAUGUGUUUGGCAAGGAGAAGUCCAGCGGUAAGCGAUGGAAUAAGAAAUUAUUGUAGAUAUAACGGACAACAUUGGGGAUGGGGCCAGUAGUCUCUCUGCUGCUUGAUGAAUUGUUUGGGAAGGUAAGACCAUCCUAAUCCCCUUUAGUUUUGUAAUAUAGAGAGAAGCCAAGCCCUUUGCUGUAAAUAUGGUUUAGAAUUAUACAAAUUGACAACAAUCAAUGGAGCUCUCUACUAGUUUCCAAA